AUGCUGCUGAAGAACGAGGAGCGGGAGGUGGCAAAGGUCAACCAGCUGGUGGAUGACCUCUUAGGCCAGGAAUACAGAGCGCCACUGAGGGAGCCGCCCUGCCUGCGAGAGAGGGAGGCUUGUCUGCAGUGCUACAAGACGACCUCUCAGGACAUCCUGAAGUGCGCGGAUACUGUGUCAGCCUAUGCGGCUUGUGCGCAGGAAGCAAUUGCCAAAGCUAGCAGCUGA